AUGGGAGCAUCAUGUGCCGGGGAAGCUCGAGAGGAUGCAGAGAUCGGGGACAUCAUGAAUUUUAACCCAACUCUCUGGAGAGCCAAAGUGAUCCCGAACUCGCCAGACUUGGAGAUGCCUACGUUGCCUUCUCUUCUUGACAACACGCUGCUGUUCAUGCCACACUCCGGCGUCCAAGAAUUGGGCCUGGAGGCCAACAUGGACGACAAAGGAGAUCCCAGCAAGCAGAUGUGGUUCGGGAGGGUGUGGCACGUGCGACAGCUGCUUCACAGGCGGUAUCAGGAGCUGCGGAAAAAUCAGAAGGUUCCGCAUUCUCGAAAAGAAGUUUUGCACGCUCGAUUCCACAACAACGACUAUUCCUUGAAAAUGCUCGUGAAGGUGCAGAUGCGCUGGAAGCUGGCAUUAAUUCGCAAGAGAAACAAUUUUUCCUUCUUGUCGCGCUUGAAGUUCGCCAACCUACGAGGUACUUUGAUCUAUGCUCACGGUUCCGGCGGAUGCAGUUGGGACAACAUGCGAAUAUGCCGCAUGAUCUGCCGCAUGGGUUUUCUGGUCAUAGCCCCAGAUGACUUUGCGUACCCUCGCGGUACAGCCAUGGGCCAGCUCAGGCACAAGGACUUGCAGCCCCUUCACAUGGCCGAUGAUGACGUGGACUACUGGGCGCCUGACCUCAUUUACGCUUCACAGGCGGAGGGCGAGAGCACUUACUCCACGAAAGCUGAGGACGUUUUAAGCCAUCCAGACCAGUGGAUGGAAAUGUAUGAGAAGUGCUACCAGAUGCGGCGCAGCGAGCUGCAUUUCAUCAUCUCGAAGCUGCCGCGGUUCAUCUUAGCUCAGGGCUUCUUUCUAGGAGGAACUUCCGAGGGAGCCAUGACUAUUGCAAGAUUUGAUGACCAGCGCUACGGCAAAUCCGUUUUGGGGCGGUUCAUCAACUCAUUCAGUGUGGAAUAUUGCUACUUCACGCCGAAGCCGGAGGAUGGCCAGAUCGGCGGGCAGCGGGAUGUACCCACGCUCAACAUCAUCGGCAGCAAGGAUGAAUACUUCGGUGCGGUGCAAAGUGUUGCGAAGAUUGUCGUUGAAGACGGCAUGGGCUACGGUGACAAGAACUUGACCGGCAACGGCUACAAUACCUUCGUAAGGCAGGGUCUUCACCAUGCCUUGGUUUGCAUUUUGGAGGACGGAACCCACGGGCCGUGCAUCACGCAUGACAAUCAGCUGCGUGAGAUUUUCAACGCCUUUUUCACUCGUCCCCACGACAUCUGGCAGCUGGAGAGGGUUUGGGCCUGCGAUCCACCACUGGCUUCCAUGAUCCGGGUGUUAGCACGCUCAGACAAGACCCUGGUGGGUGAUGCCACAAGUGGCGACCACGUGGCGAAGGUCACAAAAGUUUUUGUCCCACUCAGCAAGAUGCCGAGCAAGAUGUCUCUGCGCGAAGUGCAAGCUUUGCGGGAGAUCUCCCCAACCAGCCAG